AUAAUACUGUACUACAUUUCGGAACCUCGCUAGAUUCCUUCGCAGGAUUUUUAGGGUUUAAGGGUGAGUCGACUGUUGGGUCAUCGGAAAACCUAGGUCGCUUGAUCGAAGAAAGAUGGACAAGAGUAUGCUCGGAGACCUGGAUUCUCUACCGGAAGAAGAUAAGCUGAGAAUGUCGGCCAUGAUUGACCAGCUUCAGAUUCGUGACAGUCUAAGGAUGUAUAAUUCAUUGGUGGAGAGAUGUUUCACUGACUGUGUGGACAGUUUUCGGCGCAAGUCUCUAGAUAAGCAAGAAGAGACGUGUGUCCGCCGGUGUGCUGAGAAGUUCUUGAAGCACUCAAUGCGGGUUGGCAUGAGAUUUGCAGAGCUCAACCAAGGUGCAGCAACACCAGAUUAAAUUCACAAGGCUUCAGGAGUGACCUAGUUACCCAGGAGUACAUUUUGGUGAGAGGAUUUAUUUUAUUUUUGGAUGAGAAAUUGUUGUUCCUCUUUCCUGUUUCAUUUUCAUGAAAGAAAAAGUUGCAGUUAAGAGGGCUAUGAAAUUUCCAGCUUUGUUUAUUGGAAACAUUGACCGCUUAGGGCCUUCAUAAGUUGUUGCUACUACUCAAGAAGAUCUAAGAACUUGGAGUAAGAUGAAUUUACAUUAUUCCCAUAUUUUGGAUGAAUGGAAUGAAUUUCAGUAUUCCAUUGCUGAAGAAUUUUCAUC